AUGGCCACGAUCAAGGCCAUCGAAGACCGCUCCGUCCACCAGAUCCAGUCUGGCCAGGUCAUCGUCGACUUGCAAUCCGUUCUUAAGGAACUCGUCGAGAACAGUCUGGACGCGAGGGCCACAUCCAUCGAAGUCCGCCUCAAGAACCAUGGUCUGGACGCUAUCGAGGUCCAAGACAACGGCAAAGGCAUCGCUCCGGAAGACUUUGAGACUGUUGCUCUAAAACACUAUACUUCCAAACUCUCGAGCUACGAUGAUCUGAACUCUCUCGACACCUUCGGCUUUCGUGGCGAGGCUCUGUCAUCUUUAUGCGCUCUGUCCAACUUCCACAUCACCACUGCCAGAGAGCAAGAUGGCGCUGUUGGCAAGAAGCUGGACUUUGAGCUUUCUGGCAAACUGAAGAGUGCUUCUGUCUCAGCCGCCCCGAGAGGCACGACCAUCUUUGUCGAGAACAUCUUCCACAACCUCCCGGUCCGCCGCAAGGAACUCGAGAAAAAUAUCAAACGCGAGUAUGGAAAGGCGCUCAAUCUCCUCUACCAAUAUGCGUGCAUCUCGGUGGGUGUGCGCUUCUCCGUCAGCAAUCAGGUGCUCAAGGGCAAGAAAGUAGUCGCCUUUUCUACCCAGUCCAACACCGCGACCAAAGAAAACAUCACCAACGUGUUCGGUGCCAAGACUCUUCUUGCUUUGACAAAGCUCGACCUACGUCUCGAGAUGAUAUCAAGCGUCGGCCCCAGCACCCAGAGCGCCCGCAACUGGUCAACCCAGGCAACUAACCGUUCCUUGGAAGUCCAGGUGCAAGGACAUAUCUCCAAGCCCAUUUUUGGAGAGGGGCGACAAGCUCCCGAUCGUCAGAUGUUCUUUGUCAACUCCCGACCAUGCCAACUUCCACAAGUGUCGAAGGCUAUUAAUGAGGUGUACAAGCAAUUCAAUGUUUCCCAGACACCGUUCAUCUUUGCAAACUUUGUCAUGGAUACCAGUGCGUACGAUGUCAACGUCAGCCCAGACAAGCGGACGAUCUUGCUGCACGACCAGACAGCGUUGCUGGAUAGCUUAAAGAGUACAUUGACGCAGCUUUUCGAGCAGACCGAUCAUACAAUUCCGCAGUCGACCCUUCCGAAUCGAAGGCUGCCUUCAAACCAGCCGCUGAAGAUCACCAGACGAGAGUCAAUUGAAGCAUCCGAAUCGCAAGAAGUUGAAGAGGAUGGCACAGGUGAUGCCAAAGAGAGUGACGCUGAAUCAGAUUCUGAAUUGGAGGUCGCUGCUGCUCAGCCAGUGGAAUCACCCACUGAUCUGAUACACAAUUGGGUCGAUCACGAUGGAGUUGAUAGUCAGUCUGCACAGGGUGGGCAGGAUAGGCAGUCUGGAGAGGACGAUGUCGAUGAGGAGUCCAACCAAAGACAACCAAUCUCCAGACAAGCCUCACAGCUUGGCCCCGCGAGAGAUGAACUCGCGAUACCAGCUAUCGCUCCAGGUACUCAGAAAUCUGCUCCUGGACCCAUUCAAAGCGCAUUUGAAAGGAUGCGGCCAAAGCGCACGCCGCUUCAGACGGCCGAGAUCACAGUUGGCGAUGUGACUACUACGACUGUUAUAGGAAGCAGCCCUCCGUACAAAAAGCGUCGUAUUCAUAAGCCGAACGACUCACAGGCAGUUGCAAGAUUCGGCGCGAGCCCGUCCCUUGCGAGGGGUCUGCGUCAGAAGUUUGCUGCUCCUGGAUCGCAACUUCAGCUUGACAGCAGUGCACUUCCCCUGACAACUUCCAGAGAUAACCAGAGCGAGAAUGGAUCGAUUGAAGAGGCCAGCGAGCAGUCGGAUGUGGACGAGCACAGUACCGAAGAAGCGUUGCACAGGCCGAAAGAUACCCCUAACACCAGCGAUACACCGACCUCUGACGCCCUCGACGAACUCAUCCCUGCGCCCGUUAACGACGACGAGUGGGAUGGAGAUUACAUGGACGAAGAGGAGAAGAAGGUGCGAGAAGAGGAGCGAGUCGCGGCUCUUAUUCAAGAAGCUGAAGAAGCUGCUGCCAAGCCAACCGAAGAGAAUCUGAAGCGUGCUGCCAACGCCCUUAAGAACGGCGGGAAUCGGAAGGAUUCGACCUUGCAGCUCGUACGGUUUCUCGACACCUCCACCGCUGCUAUCGAGAGGCAACUUCAGUACUUCACUUCUCACAGUGCAGCCCAUUGCCACCACGAGGAUAAAGCUGAAAAUGGGGACAAUGCCAUAGUCAAGGACGAGCUGGAUGGCACCGAAGCUGAAGCUCGCCUCUCGCUCACUGUCACUAAGCCAGACUUCGAACGAAUGCGAAUCAUUGGCCAGUUCAACUUGGGUUUCAUCCUCGCCGUUCGACCAGGCGCAGCAUCAGGUGACGAGGACGACCUCUUCAUCAUCGAUCAGCACGCUGCGGACGAGAAGUACAACUACGAGCGACUGCAGCGAACGGUCACAUUGCAAAGCCAACGCCUUGUAAUGCCGAAACCAUUACAGCUCACAGCCAUGCAAGAAGAAAUUAUCAUCAAUCACGCCGACGCCCUGAAAGCCAAUGGAUUCGAAAUCGAAAUGACGACAGACGUGACAGGAUCAGAUGAUGAUGAAGUAUCUCGCCGGCAGUGUCGCCUCCUGACACUACCAAUGUCUAAGGAAAAGACGUUUGAUCUCUCCGACCUCGAAGAGCUCCUCCAUCUGCUGAGUGAACAAUCCGCCGGCAGCAACGAAAUUCCUCGGCCGAAGAAAGUACAAUCAAUGCUGGCCAUGCGCGCUUGCAGGAGCAGUAUCAUGGUCGGCAAAACUCUAACGAUGAAGCAGACGGAGAGAGUAGUGCGACACAUGGGCGAGAUGGAGAAGCCGUGGAACUGUCCGCACGGACGUCCGACCAUGAGACAUCUUGCUGGUCUUGGUGAAUGGAAAGCAUGGCAGGAAGGUGACUUGGUAGUAGACGAGGACAACAGGGAUGCAAGUCGAGCAAAAGGUGGAAGCCAAACGAAUUGGGAGGAAUGGCUGAAGAAGCAGCAGAAAUCAUGA